GAGGUCUCGAGUCGGCGUAAGAGUAUGGCAUGGUCGACAGUGUCAAAUGUCGCACUCAGAUCGAACAACACAAGAAUUGACACGUGUUGCUUAUUCAUGUUGGACAAAAUAUCAUUUACAACUCUCAGUAGUGCUGUUUCCGUGCUGUGCCCUUUCCUUUAGGCAGACUGUAGCACAGGAAACACUUCGUUGUCAGUCAUGUGACUAUACACUUGGUCGAAGACAGCCCUCUCGGUAAUUUUUGAGACAAACUGAAGGUUCCUAAUAGGUCGUAAGUUUUAUGGGUUACGUCCUGAGCACCUUUUUUCAGGAGUGGGCUGACAAUCGCUUGUUUCCAUUCAGUGGGAAAGUGCGUAGUAGUUAGUGAGGUAUUGACUAACUUUGUGAUGACAGGAAGUAGAACAUCAAGCGAGUCACACACCAAGGUGGUUGGCAGAGGAUCAAGCACGCAUGACUUUUUAGCCGAUUUCUGAAUAAGAUCGUAGAUAUCUUGUUCGCUCAGAUUCCGGAAGGAACGCCGUAUUACAUUCGCGUCCACCACAGGUUUGUCAGGAGGUACGAGGUCGCGAUCAGACUAACUGAUAGGUGUAGCAUCAAUUUCAUUGCGAAUCUUCUCCACCUUUCUGACAAAAUACCUGUCGAUAUCGUUCGCGAUUAUGGUCUUGUCAAGUUGUUCGGCAAACAAGGGUUCAUCCUUCAUGCCCAGAAGCUUUUUCGCAGCAUUAAACAACUUCCUUUGAUAUGCACAGUUUUCAACCAUAAACUCAGAGUGGAAUUCCCCCCUAGCCUUAUUCAUCAAAUAGGUCACGUGGUUUCUCUUUGACUUGAAAUCAAGCAGAUAAUCGGCAGCCUUUGUCUUUCUCCAUUUGCGUUCUGCUUUCUUACGCUCUCGCUUAGCAUUAUCGAUAGCUUCAUUGUACCAGGGUACGUCAGGUCUGGUAACUGUUCUGCGUGUUUUAAGUGGCGCGUGUCAAUCAAGCAGUGCUGAUAAGGUGGAAGUGUAUUCACGCGCAUAUACGCAUCGGAGUCGUCAGCAGUGUCAAACUGUUUGUCAUCGCACAGUGAGUAGGCUUGAAUAUCACUAUGAAAGCUGUCUUGGUUUAUGAAUUUGAUUUUUCGGUAGGUGGUGGUUUUCAGGGAGAGACCUGGUCGAGACAGUCCUAGCCUAGUGAACACGGCUGCGUGGUCAGAUAUAAAUAGAUCAACCGUUGGCUCAUCAUCAACAAGUGUUUCCUACUUGCGUGUAAUAGAUAAAUCAAGUGUGUGGCCGUCACGAUGUGUUGGUUGCUUAACAUGUUGUUGGAGAUCAAAAGAGUCUAAGAGGUCAAGGAAUUUCUGACUUUCUGGGUUGCUACAAUCAUCCACGUGGAUAUUAAAAUCAUCAGUUAUUAAUAAUCGUUCCUUGCAAAGCAAGAAUGACUCAAGAUAAUCCGGGAAUUCAGUAAGGAAUACAUUUGUGGUGACAGGAUGGCGCUCAGAGUAGGGUGAUCUGUAGAUAACUGCGAAACGAAUGCUAUAACCGCCAGAUUUAAUAAUCCAUUCGGAGAAUUCAUACGAAUUUCGCACGCGUACACCAGCGUCAAUCUUUUUUACAUCCAGCGACUCGUGAUAGAUGAUUCCAGUCCCCCCUCCACAGCGAUGUGAGCUCGUGUGAUCUAGGAUUUUGUAGCCCUUGGGGCAAAGUUCAGCUCUUACUGAAGAGUCGAGAUCGGUUAGCCAGUGUUCCGUAAGAGUAACAAUGGCAGGUGUACGAUCGCAAAUAUAAUAGCAGAUUUGUUCCUGACAGAUUGAGCAAUGAUAUUGAAUGCAACAAGAUGUUGUUUAUACCAGUCAGCGGUCAAUCGGUUGGAACAUUGGAUGGUGAUCAAGUUAUUUUGUGACGACAGUGGACAAUAAUGAGAUUGGUGCAAUCUUUAAAAGUUCUGAAAUACACGUAAACAUUAAGCUUAAAUCGUAUGCAAGAAUAACAACAUGUUUUAAAUAAAAACAUUUUGAUAGCUGAUUACUUAUCUAAUCGCUUUUUCACAACACUCAAAAAUGCAGUAUUCAUUUGUUGCUGCUGAAGCAUCAAAGCUUUUAUCAUUUGCUGUUGACUUUCCUGUUCGUGUUGUUUUGCACGUAACUCCUGUUGUCUAA